GGCUUGUGAAAAUCGGCCAAACUUGACAAAGCGGUCACAACACUGCGCAGCAUCACAAUGGCUUCCAACGGACCCGACGCCGAAGCUCUCAUACACUCUGAUGAUCCAAGCCACCCUGCGAACCACAUUUGCACGCUCUGCGCAAAGUUCUACAACUUGGGCUGGGUGACAGGCACUGGCGGAGGAACGAGCAUACGCCAUGAAGACAAGAUUUACAUUGCGCCCAGCGGCGUGCAGAAAGAGCUCAUGAAGCCCACCGACAUGUUCGUCAUGGACUUCAACAGCAAAGAAUAUUUGAGAAGACCACAGGUCCUCAAACCAUCAGCGUGUACUCCCCUCUUCAUGGCCGCCUUUGAACGCGGCGCCGGCUGCUGCAUCCACACCCACUCGCAAUGGGCCGUCCUCGUCACCCUCCUCGUCGAGCGCGACUUUGGAAAAGACGUAUGCUUCGAGAUUGAGGAGAUUGAACAGAUCAAGGGCAUACCAAAAGGCCGGGGGAAGCAGGGCAACCUGGGCUACUACGAUCGUCUGCGCAUACCCAUCAUCGAGAACACGGCGCAUGAAGAGGAUCUGAGGGAGAGUCUAGAGGAGGCCAUGGAGAAGUAUCCGGAUUCUUAUGCGAUUCUUGUGAGGAGACAUGGGAUUUAUGUGUGGGGGGACAAUGUGCACAAGGCCAAGACGCAGUGCGAGAGUAUUGAUUAUAUCCUGCAGCUGGCGGUGGAGAUGAAGAAGCUAGGUCUGCCUUGGACCAAGGGUUAGGUGAAGAGCGGUUGUAUGGACAUAGGCCUUGUACGAGGCUAGCGAUAGAACAAGAAAUACGAGCAUGUCGAUUACUAUACGAUUACAUGGAGAGUCAGCAUUAGUAAGACGGAAUGUGGUACAUGUCGAUUACGGAUGGCAUUAGGCUGGGUUGUCGCUUAAUAUCCUGGUUCCAGCAGGCCAGAAGUAGCAGCUGAGUAUCAACUACCCCACAUUGUGUUACCUACUGAUCC